AUGACUAGGGGUGAUAUUGUGGCCGUUUUUUGCGAUGCACUGCACGAGCAGGAGAUGGCCGCCAGGCUCACGCAAUUGGCCAAUUUUCCGUUUAGAAUUUUUCCGGUGCGUAACGGCCCAUCAAUGUACCGAGCCGUGCGAACGUUCUGUGCCUCUCGCAAUUGCUACCGUUGCGCUUUGAAUCUGUGUACGGGAACCACAGAGGACGAGGAUCGCGCGAGCCAGGCAGUCUUGGCCUCAUUAUUUGAACAACUGGAAGUUGUUUACUGCGGCUGUCGUUACAUGACGCUGAAACAGCCGCUUGACGUUCUUUUUAUGAUGUGUGUUUAUGCGGGGCUGCCCAUGCCUCUCUUCUCCGUAGUGAAAUCUGAGGAGGACAUUGAGCAGCUCAGCCUGCGAUUUCCUGUGA